CAUACAUGCAUAAUGCAUGCUAUGCAUGAAAUCGAUUAAAACCCUAAAGCUAAUGCAUAAUCGAUUUUAUCCAAAUCCUAAUUAAUCUUUGAGAUUGAAAUUGAUUGUUUGAAUGAUUGUAUGUUUGGAUAUAGUAUGCUAGCCUUGAUUAAUUAAAACUGUAUUGAAUUUGAUCACAUAGAACCGAUUGCUAGGAUUGCUUAAUCUCAUUCUUGAAUUUGGUUGUUUGAAUUGAUAAAACCGAUUGAAUGAUUUUCAAAUUGAAGUCGUAUUGAUUGUUUGAUCGAAACCCUAAUGUCUUGAAAUUAAAAUUGAAUACUAUCUUGUUUGAUUGAUUAAAACCGAAUGCUAGAAUUGAAAUAGAAAUUGCUAGCAAGGUUAAAUGAUUUAUGCAUUCUCGUCUUGAUAAUGAUCCGGCUAGUAUUGAUAGUUUUCAUACAUUCUCGAAUGAACCCUAAUUGUUUGCAUUGCUCGACUGUUUGAUUGCAAUUACACAUUAAACUCUUAGAAAACCGUUUGCUAAGAUUGAAAACGAAUAACCAUUGUAUUGAUUUCAUUGAAACCGUUUGCUAAGAUUGUAGCCGUGCGGCUUGUUUGCAUCAUGCAUGCAUAAUAGUACGAACUGAUUGCAUAUAGAAUCUGAAUGCUAAGAUUGAACAUGUAUGCAUCAUAUACGAAUGGCCUAUUUGCAUCAUACCUAGAAUCCGGAUUGCUUGAGCAUAUUGAUUGCAUUCGCUUGAACACUUUUAAAUCUAAAUUAUGAAACAUAUGAUUUCAGAUGUCGAAAAUCAACAACUUGGAUUUUGCUGCUAUAAAUCUCUCUGGAGAUAAUUACUUGCAAUGGGCACUUGAUGCUAAGAUCAUCCUAAAAUCCAAGGGACUCGGUGAAUGUAUCACCGAGGGCAAUAAUGCAAGUGAGAAAGAUAGAUAUGGAGCUAUAUUAAUUAUACACCAUCAUCUUAUUGAGAGUCUCAAAUAUCAGUAUUUGACUAUUAAGAAUCCUCUAAACCUUUGGACAGAGUUGAAAACGAGAUGUGAUCACCAGAGAACGGUGUUAUUACCAAAGGCUACAUAUGAUUGGAGGAAUCUCAGAAUCCAGGACUUUAAGUCUGUGGACGAGUAUAACUCGGCCAUGUUCAAAAUAGUUUCGAAAAUGAAACUGUGUGGUGAGGAUAUAAUGGAUAAGGAUAUGCUUGAGAAAACCUUUUCCACCUUCCACACAAGCAAUGUGUUGUUACAACAACAGUACCAUGAGAAGGGCUUCUAUACUUAUGCUAAUCUGAUCUCUUGUUUAUUGCUUGCAGAGCAGAACAAUGAAAUGUUGAUGAGAAACAGUGAAUUGAGACCUCCUGGAACAAACCCAUUACCUGAGGCACAUGCGACCAUAGAGGCUAAGAAAGAGUCGAACCAUGUCCAGAGUGAUACCCAACACGGCCGUGGUCGUGGAAAAUGGCAUGGACGUGGUGGUCGAGGCCGAAACUCGUUUGGUUGAUGUCGAGGCAACUCAUAUGGCUGUGCCCAAGGAAACUCUUAUGGAGGUCGUGGUCAUGGCCGAGGCCGUGGUACAUCAUUUAAACCACAAAACUCGACCAAAUCCGUGUGCCAUAGAUAGGACUCCCAAACAUCUCGUUGACCUCUACCAAGAGAGUUUGAAAGGGAAGAAUCCUGAAGCUCAUAUGACUUAUCAAGAUGGUGAAGAUGAUUUCAAUCAUGAACAAGACGAUCUCAUGGAGUAUGAAACGUCUGAUUGUUUAAAAGAAUGAAGUUGAAUUCGACAUCUAUGUUUUUGUGUUCUUUGCUUUGUGUUUUCUAUGUUUUGAUUGCUUUGAACUUAUUUUAUUAAUGAAUGAAAGUUUUUGAUAUAAAAGUCUCUAAAGUCUCAUAGAGGGCUACGGCCAGGCUAAUAUCAUGUUGCCUAAGGGUACGCAUCUAGAGAUAUCUGAUGCAUUGUAUUCACCCAGCUCUAAGAGAAGCAUAUUGAGCUUUAAAGACAUUCGAAUGAAUGGCUUUCAUAUUGAGACUAAGGGCGAAGGAAACAAAGAGUUCAUUCAGAUCAUAGAGAUCGUCCAAGGCUAUAAGAAAGUCCUAGAGUCUAUACAUGCGCUCUCUACUAGCCUUUUUCUAUGCUAAGGUCGGAAUGAUAGAGACCAAUGCUGGUGAGUUCAUGUCCCAAGCAUUUAAUGAUUAUUCUAGGUCCAUGGGGGUAAGUGUGGAACACUUCGUGGCACAUAUACACACACAGAACGGCUUGGCCGAAUCAUUCAUAAAACAAAUUCAGCUAAUAGCUAGACCAUUGCUUAUGAGUUCUAAGCUUUCGGCCACAGCUUGGGGACACGCGGUCUUGCACGCAGCCGAACUGAUUCGUAUCAGACCGUCUAGUGAACAUAAAUAUUCUCUAUCACAAUUGCUUACGGGUCAUGAGCCAGACAUAUCCCAUCUUAAGAUGUUUGGUUGUGCCGUCUAUGUACCAAUUGCUCCACCACAGAGAACAAAGAUGGGACCUCAAAGGAGGCUAGGGAUAUAUGUUGGAUAUGAUUCUCCCACGAUUAUAAAAUACCUUGAGCCAACUACGGGUGAUUUAUUUAAGGCCAGGUAUGCGGAUUGUCACUUUGAUGAAUCCGAACAUCCAACAUUAGGGGGAGAUAGCAAUA